UUUAUUUGAAAGAGGAAGAUGCCAAUCGUCAGAAACGUCAGCAGAGCUGUCAGCCAGCUGCUACAGAGCUCUGGUUGUGGAUGUGGGAUUUCCAUCGUGCCCGUUCGAUGCAUCGGAGUCUCACCCCGCCAGGUGGCCUCUGAUGCCAGCUUUCACUCGGUUUCUUUUGCCGAGUCUGAUCAUCCUCGGGUGCUAAUUACAGGUGGUCUGGGCCAGCUUGGAGUAGGACUUGCGAAGCUUCUGAGGAAACGCUUUGGAAAGAACAAUGUGAUCUUGUCUGACAUUAGAAAGCCUGCAGAUAGUGUUUUUUACAGUGGUCCUUUUAUCUACGCAGAUAUCUUGGACUACAAGAAUUUACGUGAGAUAGUGGUGAAUAAUCGGAUAACUUGGCUCUUCCACUAUAGUGCUUUGCUCAGUGCUGUUGGAGAAGCAAACGUCCCUUUGGCCAGAGCUGUAAAUAUUACUGGUUUACACAACGUCCUGGAUAUUGCAGCUGAGCAUAAUUUGAGACUCUUUGUCCCGAGCACUAUUGGAGCCUUUGGACCCACCUCACCUCGAGAUCCGACUCCUGAUCUCUGCAUUCAGAGACCAAGGACCAUCUAUGGAGUCUCCAAGGUUCACGCUGAGCUCAUGGGAGAAUACUACCAUUACCGGUACGGCUUAGACUUCCGCUGCCUGAGGUAUCCAGGAAUUAUAUCUGCUGACUCUCAGCCUGGUGGGGGAACAACUGAUUACGCUGUCCAGAUUUUUCACGAUGCCAUAAAGACUGGCAAAUUUCAGUGCAACCUAAAGCCGGACACUCGUCUGCCCAUGAUGUACAUUGAUGACUGUCUGAAAGCCACUCUGGAGGUGAUGGAGGCCCCUGCGGAGGCGCUGAGCAUGAGGACCUACAACAUCAGCGCCAUGAGCUUCACUCCCGAAGAGCUGGCGCAAGAGGUGCAGAAGCAUGUUCCUGAACUCCAGGUCACCUACAACGUGGACAAAGUCAGGCAGGCCAUAGCUGACAGCUGGCCCAUGAACUUUGAUGAUAGCAAUGCCCGGAGGGAUUGGGGCUGGAAACACGAUUAUGAUCUCCCUGAGUUGGUGACUACGAUGUUUAGCUUCCUUGGGUCCGACUCCAGGAUUGCUCAAGCUAACUGAAAUACUUUGUAAGACGUUUCCAGAUUUCCACAGAGGACCAGGAAGAAAUGGCUAAAUUAGUUUCUAAUUUUCCGAGUCUUAGAGCAUGUCAAUUAUUAAUUUUUUCUUAAGUAGCGACAGAGUUGGGCAGAAAUACUGUAGCUGGAAUGUACUUUUAGAUAAACAACAUCAUUCGGUACUGUCUCUGAGCACAGCACUGAUGACAAAACACAAAAUCCUUGAAUUUUCACACUUAAGCAGCUAGAAAACAAAACAAAAAGGCACUUAUUCCUGGCUGACGACUCUCCUGUCAUUCCUGCCACCUGCCUUUUCUUUGGCAGAUAACCUGGGGCAACAUUGUCAGACCUGGUGUUUGGGGGCAAAUCCCAAAAAGUUAAUGGUAGGUGUUUGGUUUUCCUGGUAGAGGAUGGUAGAUGGUAGUAAGAUAUUGAUCAUUUCUCCUCUUUGCUGACAAGAGAGAGAUCAGAAAGAGCUACUCCAUGUUUUCCAAAUUGCAGGGGUCGUUGCAAUUCUAGUUUGAAAUCAAACUUUGGUCGAUAGUUCCUAUUUAUAUAUAUAUAUAUAGUGCUGUAUAAGCAUACACUUUUCUAUACAUAGGGCAUAUUAUAUAGCGUUAUUCUUAUAAUGCUCAUAAAUGUGAAGAGAAAUAGGACUUGAAUUCUCAUUAUGCUUUAAAAAAAACCAAAAAAACAGCAGGGUUUACAAGCUGAGCUUUGUCCUGCUCUUUGAAAGUGCUUCAGUUAAACCUCGGAGGUAGAUCCCAAACGUGAAGGGCUGUUACGUGUGUGAGAAUCUGGGGUGUAUUUGGAGAAAGUGAUGCCCAGGUGUGGGUUUAUUGUUCAUCAGCACCACUUUGCUGUGCUGGCACGAUAACAUCCUGCCUGGAGAGAGUCUUAAAGGUGAGGCUGAUGAUGGAGCCUGGUGGUAGAGUCAAGUCAGCCUUUGAAAUCUGUUCACUUUCACUGCAUUUUCCACUGUAUUUGUAGAUGCUGUUUGCCUGUAACUCUCUCAUGUGCUUUUUUAUUCUUUAGAGAGGGAUCCCGAAGCUGAAACCCAUCUUCUAGCUACAGUUUAAAGGCUGUUCUGCUCGUUGAGUUUCAUGCACAGGAGAUUCUGGGAUUAACAAGGGAGCCUUAGUAGAUGCGUGCGAGGAAGAGCUCAAAAGCUACUUAGGAGACUUUGAGGAGUGACAAACUGGAGGGACAGGAAAGCCAUUUUAGGUAAAAUAGCAGUUUCUGUGGAUGUGAAUCUGAGCCAUCGGCUGCUCUAGCUAGAGAAUACCUUGAGAAACAGCAUCUGGGAACUUGGAUUUUAUUUUUUUUUCAAAGAAAAAAAUAUCUUUUCAUUUUCAAAAUGACUGGAAAUUCCCUAGAUGAAGCUCUCCAUCUUUAUUUUUUGUGUCUGGUAUACUCCAAUAACACGUGUAGCUAAACAUGUUCGAGUAUUAUUAUUUUUUUUUCUUUGCCUAUAGCUUGUUUGCUCUGUUUUCUGUGCUCACGCUUCCGUAGUUGCCAGUCUGUUUCUCUCUCUGUCACCCUGCGGCGUUUCCUCGGGAAGUGGGUAACUGCCACGACCAGAUUUCUGUCUCUGUGCUGCAGGGAACAGGUUUUCUCACGAAAAUAACCUUCAGAUGGAAGAUUCUGGGGUGAAACCCAGUUCUUUUAAACAUUUGUUCAACUUGCGUCUCUUGGUUUUGUACGUAUCUUGUUGUUUCAUCCCUUGGCAAAGUAUGCCUUUCCCAGGUAUUUAAGCUCAAAAACCUCUAAGGUUCUGGCCUGUUACUGAAAUUAUUGAAACAUUUAUUUUUUUUUUAUAUAUAUAUAUAUUGUUUACGUUGCUGAAAAGACAAGUUUUUAAAGUUUGGCCGCUGUUGUAACUACUGCGUUGUUCAAGUGUAAUAUUUGGCCCAAUGGGCCAGUAAAGUUGGUCCUCGAUUCAGAGCCUCCAAGGAAAGAUGGGCUCGGGUUUUGUUCUCUGCCCUCCCAAAAACCAGGGUUAUUUCCAAGUAAACUGUUACCCUGAGCCCUCAGGUCAAGGGCUUUAACACAGGCUGAAAUAUCUUGUCCAUUCCAGUUUCUCUUCAUUCAGACCCCAGGGGCUCCUCGUUGCCUCCGUCCCACGAGAUGUCUAAAAUAAAGAGCUGUUGAUGGGUCUCACUCCAUUUCUUUGCUCGAUGUUGUGGGAUUUACUCCCCUCACCUUUGUUCAUUAACGAGUGAAGAGCAAAAACGUUCUAUUUUUUUUCCUGAAACACACCAUCUGUGGUGGUGAUAUUGCACAGAAGCUUUGGAUAAGGUGCUGCAGCGAAGGUGAAAUUCAAACCUACGGCAUUUUGAGCAAAGUUGGGAGGUUUUUUUGGUUCCGUUGAGCCAAAAAUUGCUGACUUCAUUUAGGAAAUUUCCAUUUUGCAAAAUCUGAAAGAAAUCAUAUGGCAAUAGAGAGCUGUUUGGAGGUAACAAGGUGGCGAUAGGGAAUGUGAUUUGAGAUGUCUAGAUGGUCUGAGGCCUGUUUGAAAUGCUGGUUUUCGACCCGUGACCAAUGAUAUGUGUAGUAUUAUUAUUAUUAUUGUUAUUAUUUUUCCAUCUCUUCCUCAUUAAUUUCCGUUGUAACUGUGCUACAGAAUUUCCUGUAUUCAGCCAAUUUGAUGUGGUACAAAAUGUCUUUUCACUUUUGCUACCAGUAUGAAGUCUGACUUCUGGGCAGAGACUUCUCUCAUGACACUUGAGCGCUGUAGCUGUUCAAUUACCUAUUCAGGAAAAAAAAAAAAAAAA